AUGGCUGCGGACGCAAUGACUGAUCCGCCGUCAGUCGGCAUUAUUUUAGAGCGACUACGAACAUUGUUGCAGCGCGCCAGAGAAAUCAAAUCAGUCGAAACCAUCGAUCCUCCUUUGCCCGUAUCAGAUCUAGCACAGGGCGUCUCUUCACUCGGACAAGAUGUUUUUGAUUCGCAACCCGACGUGCACAAGUUCUCUGUCGUCGAAACAGCCGCGAGGAAGAUUUUCUACGAAACCAUUCAAUCCACUGAUAUCAGAAUACCUGGAUUUGUCCGUAUGUGGGACUUUCUGGAUCUUCUGCUACUUUGCGGCGAACUUGGUCAAUGCGAACCUAUCCUUGCUUUCUGGCUUGUCGAAGAGCUUCUUGACAGUCAGACCACCGAGGGCUGUAGGAUAGUCUUUGACUACCUAGAAUCAAGACGUGAACGACUUAUUCAGAAGGACUUCCACAAGACUCAUCUGGCUCUCCUUCGCUCUUGCAAUGAACUGCUACGUCGACUUUCCAGAGCCGAAGAUGCUGUCUUCUGUGGACGAGUCUUCUUCUUCCUCUUCCAAACAUUCCCUCUUGGCGACAAAAGCUCUGUCAACCUGCGCGGAGAAUAUCACACAGAAAAUGUUACUGUCUUCGAAAAGGAUUCUCCAGCCGAUGCUGAGGCGGCAGAACCCAUGGAUGUUAUUAUGGAAGGAGAUGUCGGAGCCGAGUCACAACCUAAAGACGCCGACGACGCAAUUACCCCUUCGAACAAGGACCAAACAAAGGCUCAGACGAAAAAGAAAGGUGACGAGGUCAAAGACGAGAACUCGGAAUUCUAUUCUAUUUUCUGGAGACUACAGCACGAUUUCUCAAAUCCGACGCGACUAUUCGAAGAUGAGAACUUCAGUCCAUUCAAGGACGGCAUCGAGAAGACGUUGAUGAAGUUCAAAAAGACUCCAGUGGUGGCACAAACUAAGAGUGCUGGGGAUGCUCAACGUGGUAUCAAGCGUAAGCUUGGUGAUGAGACUGGCGAUCAAUACGCAAGCAACUACAAUCCGAAGUAUUUGACAAGUCGCGAGCUUUUUGAACUCGAGUUGAGUGAUCUGGCAUUCCAACGCCACAUCUUGGUCCAAGGACUGAUCCUCAUCGACUUUCUGCUCUCCCUCACCGAAAAAGCAAAGAAGAAGUGGACGGAUGUCGAGAAGACCAAUCCCAAGUCAGCCAACAAAGGUCUCCUAUACAGUUUCACACUGAGUGAAGAAAAUGAGAAAUGGGUAACCUCAACACGCUCCAAGAUUGCCAAUUAUCUGCAGGAAGGACCUGAAGGAAAGUUUUACUACCGCAUGGUCGAUACUGUACUUUCCCGCGACAAGAAUUGGGUAAGGUGGAAGUUGGAGAGUUGUCCGCCAAUCGUCAGAGAUGCUGUCACUCCAGAAGAAAAUGCAGAAGCGAAGUCUGGUGCUCGGCAAGCGACCGUCAAUAAGCGCCUCAAGACGAAACCAAUGGGGGCUAUCGAUGUGACCUUCCUCGCCGAAGUGGACAAUGCGAAGGGACUCGAGGCUCUAAAAGACGCAUCAAGAUUUACGGCACCUUCACCCGAGAAGCUCGUCAAGGGGAUUGAAAACGACGAGCUUGAUUUGGAAAUGGCCAUGACAGACGAGGAGAAGAACUCUUUGGAGGCCGCCAAGCAGAGCAAGACCUGGCGCGCGCUGCGGGCUGCAUCCAGAACAUCACUGGCGCUGUUAGACAAGGUGGAUCCCUCCGCACGCUUACCUGCCUUGUAUAAGCAGGAGGACAACCAGGGAGAGGCUGCCGCUGACGACCCAACAUCUGCAACCGAAAAUGACAGCGGAGAGGUAACCGUGGCUAUGGAUAGCAAGGCAGAAGAGCAGGUGGUCACUGGAUAA